AUGCCCCCAGAUGAUGACAACACUCGUUGCAAAAAUGUUAAAAGGAAUUACAAUGCAAAUGCCUCAAAUGAUAAACAUUCACAUGAAAAUUACCAAUUUGAUGAGCAUGGAGAAGAUAAUAAAUGUAAUUCUGAGUUAGAAAACAAAGCAAAAGGGAAAAAAAUUUUAUUAGAUAACGUCAUGUCGAUGGAUAGCAAAAAAUGGGAAAGAUUUGCACGAGAGGGGCAUUACAUAUCUAACAAGAACAAAAAUGAGCAUGUUCCUAAACAUUUACAAGAAAAUAAUUUCAAUAAUAUAAAUGAAACAAAUUCAAAGAGAAAUGUAAAAUUAGAGGAUGAAUAUUCGUUCAAAUGUAACAAGAAAAUGAAUGACCUACAUGUUGAAAAUUGCACAGAAGGAAGAAAAACAUACAGUAUGCUUAGAAAACUGAUAUGUGCGUACAAUUCAAAUAAAAACAAAAAAUCAACUCCGAAUGGUGAUAUUUUCCAGAACGAUGCAGAUCAAUCCAAUUUUUUUAUUUCAAAAUCGUGCCUGAACAAGUCAGGUGAAAUGGAAAAGAAAAAAAAAGACUCGAAUAUGAACCUAACUAAUAUAUUAAAUAAUAAUGACCGAAAUUGCAGCUAUUUUUUGAACUCUUCAGAAGACAAAAAUGCAAAGAUGGAAAAUGUACUGGAUUAUUCUCUCAAUAAAGUAGAAAAAUUUUUUCAAAUUCAGGAAAUACGAGAAAAAUGCAAACUUCACGACAUCAAAACAAGCAUUUUUUUAAAUGGUGCAUAUAACAGUGACAAAAAAGGUAUCUAUGAAAUCGAACAGAUAAACAAUGAUAUUCCCAACAAUGUGUCACAAAGGAAAAAUUUUUCUGAAAAAGAAAAUCGAAACAAGAGACAAGAAACACCUGACAAAUAUUUUACUCCUUCAAUAUCCAGUCUUGAAAGGAAAAGUGAAAAAUAUACAAACCAAGUAAAUGAAAAUUUACCCCAUACUAAUCAUACACAAAUUGAGAGAAAACAUUCAUUCUUCAUGAAAAAAAACAAAAACUGUACUCUGAAAAAAGAACUUGAAAACAUAUCACUCAGCAGCAGUGAGGAGGUAACAUAUGUGAAUAAAAAAGAUAGAGUGUGCAAUGAUGAUAGGAGCUCCACGGAGAAGAAGAAAGCUAAUGGGCAUUUACUGGAUGAUGUGAAGAGCCGAAAAAUUGGAAAAAAUGUAAGUAAAAGAGUAGAUGGCGAGACACACCCAGUUGAAAAUGAUGAGACAAAUUGUGUAGCAAAUGAUGAGGCAAAUUGUGUAACAAAUGAUGAGGCAAUCCUGGCUGCAAGUGAUGAGGCAGAUCCGGUUGCAAGGCGCGAUGGUAAAGGAAAAAGUAACACCAUGGGAGACAUUAACAAUUACUGUAUGUAUGCUAAUAACUUACAUGAUAUGAUUAACACAUUCGUACGAGUGCAUAACAAAAAAAUGUCAAAUCAUCUUAAUGUUCAUGUUAAUGGAGACUUGGCACAUAACGAAACAGAUUAUUCUUCUAAAACCCAUAGAAUAAACAAUAAUGCGAACACAGGUACAUAUUUUAUUCAUCAAGGAAGUACUAUUACUAACAGAAAGGAUAUUCUUCACAGUAUCAAAGAAGAACAAAAGCUUAUAGAAUCAAAGGACAAAGAAGAAAGGGAUUUCAAUGGUUCUAAAAAUUACUCAAAUAGUAGUCAAAAUGAUUGGCAAUUUUUGUGUACUUUUAAUAGACACAAAAGAAGAAGACAAAGAAGAAAAGGUGAAGAAAAUAACAUUCAAGAUGUUAUUUCAUUUCAAUCACAGCAUCAGAUUGACAAAAUUGGGAAUUAUUUUAGAAAUUCAUCUAUGGAUCUUACUACCACUUUGCAUAACACUAAUUGUGACGUAGAUCUUUAUGAAAACAACCCUAUUAGCACACCGAAUGGUUCCUCAGGUUGCCCAGAAAUAUACAAGUCGCUUCAUAAUCAGCAUCAAUGUGUAUAUGAUAAAUGGACAUAUUGUGAAUCCAAGUUGAGAUCAAAUGGUAAAAAUGAAAUUCAAAAACUAAAAGAAGAAAAAAAAAAAAAAAAAAAUGUUUUCAAUGCAGACGAAGCAUAUGGAAGGGAGGUACCUUUGCUGUAUGCCCAAAUCAGGAACCUAGAAAAUGGCAAUGCACUGAGCCGUUAUCUCAGAAACAGAAGCUCCAAAGAGGAAAAUGACACAAAUAGUGUUAAAUGUACUGGUUAUAUAAGCGGUUCCAAUUACACAGAUCAUGCAUUCGCUAUGAACGCAGCAGAAAACAGUAACAAGAAUAACGAAAUGGUCCAAAUGCAUGAAAUAAGUAAAACGGACAAGAUAGGCGAGAUGAAAGCGGAUGAAAAUACAGGAAAUAUAAAAAUCAGGCCGUGGGCGCUAUGCGAGGGAAGAGUAAACUCACGCAUUGUCCAUUAUAAUAGUUACUCUAACCUAAUAAAUGGUGAUUGUGAACAGAUGGAAGACAAGGACAAUUGGGGCUAUGAGUCUCGUGAAUCUUUUGGAAAAAACGAACAGUAUAAUAUCAAAAGUUGCCAAAUUUCUCAUAAAAAUAUCCCUGUUUUUCAUGGAAAAAGUGGACAUUACCCAAAUAGUACCACAUGCACAGAGGUAAAUUGCACGAAAGAAAAACCAAUUUUCAAUUAUCACACUGAAUGGUUAAGCUUUUUAAAAAAAUAUCAGACAAAAAUGAAUAAUGAAGAAAUUACCAACCUUAACAAUACUUGUAAGGAGAGUGUACUAAACAAUAAGAAUGAUUCUAUCUUUCAGGACAUGGAAAUUGAGUAUUCAAAUUUGAAUGAGAGUGAACAAAUUAGCUCAUCAACCUUUGCUCCCAUCCAUGGAAAGGAAAUACUUGGUAUUAAAGGGAAAAUAACUGAAGCUGAGAAUUAUUCGAUGAAUGCACGUACGCUUAGUUUGGAUUCAGGGAGAAAACGCAUCCAUUUGGUCCAAUUGAUCCAGUUGGCGAAAAACACAAACAGAGACAAAUUUGCUAACAGGUGGAUAGCAAAAAAGGUAAUGAAAAAUGAGAAGAAAAAUGAGAAGGAUCAAAAACUAAAUGAAUCCCUACCUUUGGGAAAUAAUGACAUGAUGAAACUUGAGAAGGAAAAACAAAAGAAUUCGAAAAAUGAUGAAUAUUGCUAUUUGAACUUGAAAGAUGAUUCCGCAAGUAGACAAAAAGAAAUUACCAACUUGGAGAAGAAAAGAAUAAUGAGUAGAGUCAGUAAUUUUCAACAAAUAAAUGAUGAAGAAAUGAAAAAAGAAGAAAAUAAAAUAUCUCACGAGGACUAUUUUUCUUUUUAUUCAAAUGAAGAUGUGAAAAAUUGGGAAUCUACUAAAGAUGAAAACAGUUACAUUAUACAUAACUCUGACACAAAAUUGGAAUACUCAAUCAGGGAUGGAACCGAAAUAUACAAUUUAUCAAUGUGGCUACCUGAGACAAAUUCUCUUGAAGGUAACUUCCAUUUUGGAGAUGCUCCAUCGUUGAAAGUUAAUGAACAAGAGUUGAAAAAAAUGAGGAAAGAAAAUGUAAACAACAAUUUAGAUAAUCAGAUAUCAUACGAGGUCAACUCAAAUGGUUAUAAUAACAAGCACAUGUUGAGAAAAUCUUCAUAUGAGAGAGGAAAAGUGAGUGAAAUUUCUGAUCACAAUAUUUACAACGAUCGUAAAGGAAGUAUCGAGAUAGCCAAUUCCAGAUGUAAUAUACUUCUCGAUAGUGUAAAAAGUAAGAAGUUUUUCACUUCUGAAUGGGAACAUACCUUAAAUAAACCCAAUAGAAGCAGUGUUGAUAAUGACCUGGGAAAAUUAUAUGGAAAUUCUUAUAAUCAACAAGAAACAAAUACAUCCAAUGAGGAGACCAAUAAUGGAAAUGCUAAUUUGUUGAGAGAAAAAACUGAUCCAUACUGUGCACUAACAAUAAAUAAUAACGAAAAGAAAAUAGACAGAUGUAGAGAACCCAAAUUAAAUUAUCUCAAAUGUUCAGGCGAACAUGGACAGGAUGAUCCAAAUUUUGAAAUUAAGAAUAAUGGAACGAGUUGGUGCAAUGAUUCAGAAAUUGGGAAUAGCGAAAAAGAAAUGUGUAUAUUGAUAAAUCAUCUACAUUCUAGAAGGAAAAAAAAAAACAUAUCCGAAGGGUGUAAGACAUAUCAUAUGUCGAAAGAAAGUUUCAACGAACUAGUAUGUAAAGAAAAUGAAAUAUUGUUAAAGAAUGGAGAUCUAAAGACGAGUAAUGGAAACAGUUCUAAUGCAAACGCAAACACAAACCCAUGUGCAAAUGGAGUUUCAAGAGCUGAGGGGGAUCUCCAAAGGAAACAAUUCCAUUUGGAAGGAAAAACAUCAAAUCAAGAUGAUCCCAAUUUUGACCUGAACAAUGACUACAGGUGGAAAUUAUACCAUGUAAAAUACCCACAAAAUAUAAACUUCAAAAAGGCCUUUUUUUUUAUCUUCAAAAAUAAAAUGCAUAUUUACGGUGCACGAAAAAACAAUUUUAUUAUUCCGGAUCGGGUAUUUAGAGUCCACAAAAAUGAAGUAGAAGAUAUACGUACGAAUGGCAUAAUUCCCAAGUUGUAUUCCAGAAUUUAUUUUGCAUUUGACUCACAUGAUCAUCAUGGAAGCGCAUGUAAAUUCUCCACCUGUACUGAAAACAAAGAGAAAAUGAACAUCCUAAGUUUGGGUCGAAGCAAUGAGGAGAGUGUCUGGAGGAGUAGUUGCAUUGGGAUCGAAAAGGACACAGGGAAACGAAGAACAGAUGAAAACAAAUGCUUCUACAUCUUUGGAGUCAAUGAAAAGAAAGAACUUGAUUUAUACAGGAUGUACAAGCUGAAGUUAUGUGGUUUCGAGUGGGAGGAGAUAAAAAUUACAUAUAACAGAUUACUAAAUGUAUCAAGGGAAGAUUUUUCACUUAUUCUACUUAAGGAUUGUUUAUAUAUGUUCGGAGGUGUCGUUUUUAGAGAUGGAAAAUGGGUAUGCUGCGAUGAAUUUUGGAUGUGUAACAUAAAGAAAAGAAAGUGGAAAAUAAUAACUGUGGGAAAAAUGAAGCAUAAAAAAAAAUGGGAUUCUUGUUACAACUUUGAAGAAUUGAAUUCGAUAAAAUAUUUUGUAAAUUUAACCAAAUCAUUGUCGAAGAAAACAGAAAUUCCAAAUCGACAUGCUCAAGGUAAUUCUCUUGAAGUGGACAACCAGAACAUGGCUGACACAUGUGGGAGUAAUAGUAAAGGCGGUUCUACACGCAAAAUGGAUGCACCAGAUGGGGGAAAACCUGAAGGGUGCAACUCGGAAGAGAAUGAAAAAGGGGAAGAAGAAGGAGAAGAAGUAGGAGAAGAAGAAGGAGAAGAAGUAGGAGAAGAAGAAGGAGAAGAAGUAGGAGAAGAAGAAGGAGAAGAAGUAGGAGAAGAAGAAGGAGAAGAAGAAGGAGAAGAAGUAGGAGAAGAAGUAGGAGAAGAAGAAGGAGAAGAAGAAGGAGAAGAAGUAGGAGAAGAAAAGGAAGAAGAAAAGGAAGAAGAAAACCGAGAAAAAAAAGAAGGGAAUCAGAAAACUUCAGUCUCUGUAGCACACUACAUAGAAAAAGAGCCAAGUAGUAGAGCAUGCCACCUAUGCAUUUUACAUCAUAACAGAAUAUAUAUUCAUGGAGGAACUAAUUUAACAGAAGAAAAAGAAGAUUUUUACUUUUUCGAUUUAGAGAAAAAAAAAUGGUUCGAGAUUGUGCAAGAUGGACAGAAUAAUCCAUCCAAGAGAUAUGGACAUUCAGGAUGUGUGAUCAAAAAUAGACUAUAUGUGUAUGGUGGGUUCACAAAGGUUCAUAACAAAAAUUACCUGAACAAUGAUAUUUUUGAAUACGAUUUUGAAAAAAAUAGAUGGAAGCAAAUAUUCACAAUUGAUGAUUUAAUUUAUUUAAAAACUAAGCUAAUGGAUAACCAAAAAUGUUAUAUCCAAUUUUUACAAUUACUUAUACUGAGAAGUUACUAUAAAAACGAAUUGUCAAAAAUUGGAAAAUUGCCUUUAUACGAAUGGAGGUUGGACACGAUAGAUUCUGCGGAAUGCAAGUGCAAGUACAAGUACAAGAGAUGUAUUUCGAGUACCCUUGUUUUGAGAGGAGACCAUGGCCAAUUUACAAAUAAUGAACUCCUUACCCAUGAUCAAGUUCCUCCAAAGGUAGAAAAAAGCAUAAAACACACAGGAUCAAAUGAAGAUGAAAAGACAAUCGUGGGAGGAAGGAUCAAUCGAAAAGGCAAGAAGAAUGACGAAAGGGAAAAUGGAGAAAUAAAAAUUGAAUGUCCACCUUACAUGAAGCUUGGAAAUGGUGGGAAAAAUAUCCUAAUGAGAAACGGUAACAUAAACAUUGUAGAAAAUAAAUGCACAGAAAUGUGGGGAACCACUAUGGGAGUUACAUCACGGGAAUGCACUAACCAUGACAAGAAGGAAAAGAUCUUGGGAAAUGAAAUAGAGAAGAAGCAGCAGAUGGGGCAGAAGAUGGAGGAGCAGACGGAUAACGAAAAGAGGGAUACUCAUAAUUAUUAUUGUAGAACCAAAAAUGAUAUAGAUAUAAAUAUACAUUCAAAUUUUUUACACAUGGAACAAACACAACAUUGCAGUGGUGCCAUUAUCUUACCAUACAAUAUCUUCAGAAAUAAAUGUCUCUAUUUUACUAACUGUUUAUAUCUAAUUGGAGGGUGCGGUUUCGAUACCAAGUGCACGAAAAAUGAAAACAAAAGUCUUCUACACUACGAUAAUAUUUUUAAAAUUAAAAUUGAUAAACCAUUUUAUGAUUUCUUUAAGCAUUAUCUGUUUCAUAUAGAUCAUUUUUUUUUUGAGUUUAUUGAACAUCAGAAGGAAGUUCUAUAUCAAUGGUUCAAACAUAAUGGAAAGAAAAGUGAGCCCAUUAUGAGACAGGUGCCUGAUAUGCCAGAUGGGAGUAAUGAGCCAUGGCAUCACUUGAAUCAGAAAAAAAAAACAACUGAGAAAGAGGCAGAAGAAGAGGAAAAGGAAAAUACGUUCCCUAAUGAAGCAGUCAUCCCUAAUGAAGUAGUCAUCCCUAAUGAAGUAGUCAUCCCUAAUGAAGUAGUCAUCCCUAGUGAAGUAGUCAUCCCUAAUGAAGUAGUCAUCCCUAGUGAAGUAGUCAUCCCUAAUGAAGUAGUCAUCCCUAAUGAAGUAGUCCUACCCAAUGGUGCAGACUUAGAUAUAAAAAAAAUGGGCAGAGAGUUGAACAAUUUGUGCAUGUGUAUUGCACCAGAGGAGUGGACUCAAGGGGGGAAUUUUCAGGAAGAGCUAAACUAUCACGUGGAUCAAAAGGAGGAGAAAUAUCGAACUAGAGAAAAAAAAGCAGUGCUCGAUGCAACUCCUAGUGCAAUUCACAGCGUAGCACAGGAAGUAGAUAAUGCAACCGACCAAACGACGGACAGCACCACGAAUGAAUCAAAAAAAAGAAAAAAUUUGGAAAGAAUGUUUUUACUCGGGCAAAAUAAAAAAAUGUUUCAACUUUUAAUUUUCCUGGUUGAUUUGUACCCGAGGUAUUCCCACCUGAGGUGUCCCAAGCACUCAGAAAAAGUGGCAACCAAUAGAUUGCAAAAGCAAAACGAUUUUGUGAAUCUUUUGCUGGAAAAGGGAUCAAAUGUAGAAGAGCUUAAUUUGAAUACCUUCUCACACGACUUGUGCAUAAAGAAUAGAAUGGAAGAAACAGAUGAAAACAAAUUUAUUGGUGGUUCACACAUGUGUGGUUCCAUUCCAAACGUUCCUUACAAGGAAAAUGUCUCUGAAGAUGGAAAAUUUUUAAAAUGUCGUAGAGAAAUACAAAUCCAUUCAAGAGAAAAAACAAAAAAUGAGGAAAAUCUUCCGUUCAUUUAUUUUAACAGCAGUAAGAGUAUCAAUGCAGAGGAUGCAUGUGGGAGUGCAAACCACAGCAAUGUGCAAAAUGGUAAAGCAAAAUGGCAUAUUUCCCAGAGUUACGGAAAAUACAAUGUGCUGGUUGAUCAAUAUAGGGCAGAAAAGGACAGCAAACAGGGCAGCGCAUCUCUGAAGAAUUUCCUCUAUGGGAACCACCACACAAUCAAUCCCCAUAAUUGCAAUGAGAAUUUUCAGGGCAACCAGAGCGAGAUAAAUGUGAAAACAAAUAUAUAUGAAAGUGAUCAUUAUCAAAUGCGACAAAAAGAGAAUCCAAUAUAUAAUCACCCAGAUGGGUAUUACAAAAGAAGUGACGAACAUGUGGUGGAUAAGAACAAUUUUUUUUUUAACAGAGGUAACAGAAGAGAUAACAAUUUGAAAGAAUAUAAUGAACAUAUAAAUUUAAAUGAGGAAAUAACCUACACAAACAGUUCUAUGAAAAAUACCCAUUUAUAUUUACACAAUGAAAAAAAGCACACACAAAAGGAUACAUGCAACAACGUUCACAAUAACUUUACAAGUUCCUAUUUUAGAACCCACAAUGAUGUAGUAGAUGACAGUGGGGAGAGAAAUAAAUUGUCAUUUGAUUCUUGUGAUCACUUGAAUUGCAGAGAAUACAUCCAAGUGUUCGAUAAAGAAAUAACAAAUGAUGGAUCUUUGGGAAGAAACGAAUUUUGCAAAUAUUUUGAAGGGUAUAAUUCUAUCAUUCCAAAACACCUAAACAAUAAUAAUAAUGUAUAUUUAAGUAUGGACAAGUCGAUUAUAUACAAUUAUCUUGAAAAUUUUGAUGACUUAAGUGAUGAGAAAUAUGCUAUGAAAAUGAAAAUAAGGAGAAACGAUAUCUACAAAUUAAUUUACACAUACACAAAAAGUGUUGAAAUUCAAAAUAACAUAUACUUUAAAAUGAUCGAAAAAUUGGAAUAUCAAGUUGGACAGUUAAUAAAGGAGGGCAAGAGCUUCAUAAAUACUAACAACAGGGAGAAUAGUGGUGAUAAUUGGAAGAGAGUAGACGAGGGGGACAAAUUCUUGAAUCCCCACUUUGCAAUCAAUGAAAACAAUUUUGAAUCGUUGAAAAAAGAAAAUUUAUAUUUAAAAAAAAAAAUACAAUAUUUUUGCGAUGUAACUAAUAUAUAUGCUAUUAAAAUAGAAAAGCUAAAUUUGUAUAUUCAAAUUCUGGAACAAAAACAUGAGUACUUAAUGAACUGUCUGUUGAAGUUAAAAUCUGGUUUGUUUAAUGAAAGGGUUGCUGAUAAUGCUUGCAAGAACUUCUCAUACUACUUGAAAAAAUUUUUCACUGAAGAUAACUUUUUUAUUCAUGAAAAAAAUGAUAAUUUAUUCAACAAUGGGGAUGAAAAAGACAGAAUUACCGAGAGUCAAAAUUUGGGGUUCAUGAAUUACGAAAGUUACUUCUGA